CAGCCCUUCAUUCGCCGUAAGCUGCUCUUCGCCUUCUGUCAAGAAAUCUACGUUGAGUCUCUGUCUCUAAACCCGGCUGAACCCCCCCCCUCUUCCCCUCCCAGCAGUAUGGCUGCAGACCUGAUGGAGAUUGACGACUCUCUUUACAGCCGCCAACGGUAUGUGCUUGGAGACAGUGCUAUGCACCAGAUGGCCCGGUCCUCAGUCUUUCUAAGUGGAAUGGGAGCACUGGGGGUAGAGAUAGCAAAGAACAUUGUCCUGGCAGGUGUGAAGGCAGUUACACUUCAUGAUGCAAAGUUGUGCGAGACCUGGGAUCUUGGCUCAAACUUCUUUAUUCGCAAAGAGGAUGUAUUGAGCCAGAGGAAGAGGGUGGAGGCGGUUUGUCCUCGUGUUGCAGAAUUGAACCCGUAUGUCCAAGUGGACAUGUCUGCCACUCCUGUGGACGAAAACACUGAUCUCAGUUUUCUUAGAAAGUAUCAGUGUGUGAUUCUGACAGAGUCAAGUUUGAGCCUACAGAAAAGAGUAAAUAAGUUCUGCCACUCACAACAGCCCCCCAUUAGAUUUAUCUGUGGUGAUGCAUAUGGCAUCUGUGUACGAGUGUUUUGUGACUUUGGAGAUGAGUUUGAAGUCUCAGACCCCACGGGAGAGGAGUCCAAGGAGAUUUUCAUCCAAACUAUCACUCAGGAUAAUCCUGGGGUGGUAACCUGCAUGGACAACCAACCCCACGGCCUGGAGACGGGUCAGAGCAUCAUCUUCAGAGAGGUCAUAGGCAUGGUGGAGCUCAACGGCACUGUGCGACAGGUCACAGUCCUUUCCCCUUACAGUUUUGCAAUAGGGGAUACAUCACAUCUACAACCCCAUGCACAUGGAGGGUUUUUUGUUCUGGUGAAAACUUCUAAGACAUACAGAUUUGAAACAUUAGAAGAACAGUUGUGUGAUCCUCAGGUCUUGAUUCCAGAUUUUAGUAAACCAGAGGCCCCACUGCAGAUCCAUGCAGCCAUGUUAGCGCUGGACACCUUCCAGGAGCAGCACUGUAGACUUCCCAACAUCGCGUGUUUGGAGGACGCUGAGGCUUUACUAAAGCUCACAGAGGAAGUCAAUGAAACUCUUAAGAACAAAGCUUCUGUUAAUCCCGAACUAGUGCGCUGGCUGUCCAGGACAGCGAGGGGAACUCUUCCUGCCUUAGCUGCAGCUGUAGGAGGAAUAGCCAGUCAGGAAGUUCUCAAAGCCAUUACAGGGAAGUUUGCACCGCUGCAGCAGUGGUUUUAUCUUGACACCAUUGAGGUAGUCAGGCCUCUUCAGUCUCUUUCUGUUGAGGAGUUUUUCCCCAAAGGUGAUCGAUACGAUGGGUUACGAGCUUGCAUUGGUGAACCAUUGUGUCUUGAACUUCACAAGCUCAGGGUUUUUAUGGUUGGCUGUGGUGCUAUAGGCUGUGAAAUGCUAAAAAACUUUGCCCUACUUGGGGUGGGAUUGGCCAAGAGCUCAGGGGAGGUGUGCAUCACAGACCCUGACCUCAUUGAAAAGUCUAACCUCAACAGACAGUUUCUCUUCAGGCCACAUCAUAUACAGAAACCAAAAAGUACUACAGCAGCAGAAGCCACUCUUGAUAUCAACCCAGACCUGCAGGUGGAUGCUCACCUACACAAGGUGUGUCCAGCGACCGAGAGCAUCUACAACGACUCCUUCUACUCCUCGCUGCAUGUAGUGGUCACUGCUCUGGACAACGUGGAGGCACGGAGAUACGUGGACAGCCGCUGCGUGUCCAAUCAGACCCCUCUCCUGGAUUCUGGCACCAUGGGAACUAAAGGACACACUGAGAUCAUUGUGCCAAACUUGACAGAAUCCUACAACAGCCAUAGGGACCCCCCAGAGGAGGAGAUCCCAUUCUGCACUCUCAAGUCUUUCCCUUCCGUUAUAGAGCACACGAUACAAUGGGCCAGAGACAAGUUCGAGAGUGCCUUUGCCCACAAGCCCUCGAUAUACAACUCAUUCUGGCAGACUCACUCCUCAGCUGAAGCAGUCUUACAGAAAAUGCAAGCAGGUGAAAGUCUGGAGGGGUCAUUCCAGGUCAUUAAGCUGCUAAGCAGACGGCCCAUUCAGUGGGAACAGUGCGUCGCUGUCGCUCGUCUGAAAUUUGAAAAGUAUUUCAAGAGAAAGGCCCUACAACUUUUGCACUCCUUCCCUCUGGAUACAAGGUUAAAAGAUGGAAGUUUGUUUUGGCAGUCCCCGAAAAGACCUCCAGCACCUAUUGAAUUUGACUUGAAAGACUCUUUGCACUUCACCUUCAUUGUCAGCUCCGCAAGGCUCUUUGCAGGGAUUUAUAACAUCCCGUACUCAGAAAAGGAUCUCUCCGAAGAAGAGGUGACGAGGGUUCUGUCCGAUGUUGACAUUCCUGAGUACAGGCCCUCAGAGAAAUGUAUAGAGACGGAUGAGACUGCUAGGAAGCCUGAUCAUGUAAAGAUGCCUCUAAGCAGCGAAGAGGAGAGGGAGGUCAUCGCACAACUGGAACAGACCAUAGUCGCUGACAGGGUGGCACCAGAGAGAUUGGAGAUGAUUCCCCUUCAGUUCGAGAAGGACGAUGACAGCAACGGCCACAUAGAUUUUGUCACGUCGGCGUCCUCCCUCAGAGCCAGAAUGUACUCAAUCGAGCCAGCUGACAGACUGAAAACCAAACGCAUAGCCGGCAAGAUCAUUCCUGCUAUCGCCACGGCAACAGCUGCAGUGGCUGGACUGGUGGCCCUGGAGUUAAUCAAAGUGGUUGGAGGUUAUGGCUUUGAAUCGUUCAGAAACUGCUUCUUUAACUUGGCCAUUCCAGUCGCUGUGCUCACCGAGCCUGCUCCUGUUCAGCAAGCGCUCAUCAAGAACAACAUCUACUUCACCAUCUGGGAUUGCUGGACCAUCUUUGGACACGAGGACUUCACUCUUUCUGACUUCAUGAAUGCAGUGAGGGAAAAGUACAUGAUUGAGCCUAUUAUGGUCGUCCAUGGUGUGAAGAUGCUCUAUGUGCCUGUUAUGCCGGGACAUUCAAAGAGGCUCAAACUGACGAUGCAGAAACUUAUCAAACCAGCAGCCGACCGCCGCUACGUUGACCUCACUGUAUCAUUCGCCCCAGAAGCAGACGGAGACGACGACCUCCCAGGUCCUCCCGUCAGAUACUACUUCAGCCCUGACGGCAAGACGCCCUGACAGCCUCCUCCAUGUCAUCUUCAGGCCUCUUGUGUCCUUAUUUCCCUUCUUUCAUGUAAACUGCCCCCCCCUCCUCAAAAUAACAUAGGCCUGGGCCGGGUGUUUUUCCUGCAAGAUCUUUUCUGACAGGGGCAAAGCUCCCGGCCUCAGCACAGCCCCCCCACCCCCCACCCCCGUCCCCCGCCCCAGUACUUCAUGGUGGAAGAAAGGCCAGACACAGUGCCAGGUUUUUCUAGCCUCACAUCUAGCCAGUGGAUCACAAGGCUGCUUGAGUAGCACUUAUUAUUGUACUUUUGUACAUAUAUUUUCGGUUCUGUUUUUUUUUUACUCUGUUGAAAAGCACAGCUCCGCCUGUGUUGAUGCCUUAAUUGUUAACUUUUUUUUCUUGUUUGUUUGUGGAAGUGACCCUGACUAAAACUGUUUACAUAAAAGCUACACGCACCAACACAUAACCAUCUGUCACUUUUCUUUUCAAAUCCCUUUGGCUCGAAAAAGGAGUUUAAGUAGGAUUGUUGGCACAGUAAACAUUUAAAUUAGCAGUUAUUACACCAUCUUCCCCCCCAGUUUCUAAUUAUGUCCCCUCAAGAAACGAAUCACCCUGUUGCAUAGUUGAAAAGUUUGACGGGUCAGUGGGACUUUGGCAAAAAUCACCAAAGAUAAAGAUUUUUAAAGUGUCUGCAGAUGUUGCGCUUUAUUGCUCACUUUGCCUCAUAAAAACAUGUUUAUUUCACAGAGAUGGAUAUAACCUGAACAUUUUAAGAGCAACACACAUCGACGGUGUCUUAUUGAAAUGAAGCACCUGAUGAGUGAAGGUCUUGAUGCGGCCAGAACCAUCCGACUGUAGCUUCGAGUCUCGCCUAACUUAUUGUCUUAGGUAACAGCUGGACUGACAUCACUUCAUGCAUUUUGGCAAAGAAUGUGUUCAUUUGAUUUUGUACCGUCACAUGUUCAACAUCUGUUUCAUGCAGAGAAAAAGCCCUUGUUUUUUUCAGACACGCAACUACUGCAUCAUCGAGAAAUAGAUUUUUUUUAAAUUUUCUUUUGAAUCAAAUCUUUGCUGUUCAUGAUUUUGUCAUAUUUGUUUAUAGAUGUAUCUAUGUGACAUCUAUUUAUUUACUUUUUUUUUUGGUCAAACUGAGCUUGUGUUGUUGAGAUCUGUUGAGUCAUGUUGCACUGGUUAAAUGUAAGUAAUGAAUGCACGUUGUCAUUAGUGUUGAUCGAGUCAAAUCAGUUUCCAUUGCAAUUAGUUCCACUUGAAGGUUGUGAAAAAGGCCGUUUGAAAUAGUCUGUGCCGGCUUAAAUCCACAAUAAAGACUGAAGUUUUGA